CUUUGUCAUUUUAAUGGUACCUAACAAUUCACAAUACCAUCUACCUUUCUUUUCUUCCCUCAAACAACCAUUAUCACCCCAAAAUAGCCAUAUAUUUUAGGAGGAAAUAUUGAAACCAAGUAUUUCAUUAAUUCCAACAUAUUCAAUUCUAUAAUUUUGCAACAAAUCAUGAGAAUUUCCCGGAAUUCAAAUCCAAUUCCAUCAAAUCCUACCAAAUCCACAAACCAAACAACCAAAAAGAACAUAUAUUUUAUACAUUUCUAAAAAGGUUUUCUAAAGUAUUUGUCUUUUUCCAUUUUGGUCACGAGAAAAUUUGUAGAAGUUUAUGACCGAAGUUGAAAAGUUAGUUCUCCCAUUAAUUUCAAUGGAGCAUAGAAGGAUCAUACACCUGAUGAAGUGAACAACGUUUCUUCAACCAAAACCAAAACCCCUCAAUUUAUUUCUUGAAACAAUUUCUACUAUGGCGCAUCGAGAAUCGAUGAUGAUUAAACUCCUUCUAGGGUUUAUGCUACUGAGCUGCAUGCAUCAUGAAUCAGCAAUUGGUAGGUUUGUAGUCGAAAAAAACAGCUUAACAGUUACUUCUCCUGAAUCCAUCAAAGGAAAUCACGACAGUGCCAUUGGCAACUUCGGAAUUCCUCAGUACGGCGGUAGUAUGGCCGGAACAGUCGAUUACCCGAAAGAAAACAAAAAAGGUUGUCGAAAGUUCGACGAAUUCGGGAUUUCUUUCAAAGCAAAUCCCGGCGCAUUGCCCAAAUUUGUUCUUCUCGAUCGUGGAGAUUGUUUUUUUGCUUUGAAAGUAUGGAACGCCCAAAACGCUGGUGCAUCAGCUGUUCUUGUUGCAGACGACAUUGACGAACCACUAAUCACCAUGGAUAGACCUGAAGAAGAUGGUUCCUCUUCAAAAUACAUAGAAAACAUAACAAUCCCAUCCGCAUUAAUCUCCAAUAACUUCGGUGAAACCCUGAAAAAAGCAAUCAGUAACGGCGACAUGGUAAACCUAAAUCUUGAUUGGAGAGAAUCCGUUCCACAUCCAGAUGAUCGAGUCGAAUAUGAACUAUGGACAAACAGCAACGAUGAAUGUGGAGUUAAAUGCGACAUGUUAAUGGAGUUUGUGAAGAGUUUCAAAGGGGCAGCACAAAUUCUUGAGAAGGGUGGAUAUUCCCUUUUUACCCCUCAUUAUAUCACAUGGUAUUGUCCUCAAGCGUUUACCAUUAGUAAACAGUGUAAAUCACAGUGUAUCAAUCAUGGAAGGUAUUGUGCACCUGAUCCUGAACAGGAUUUUAGCACAGGGUAUGAAGGAAAAGAUGUGGUUAUUGAAAAUUUGAGACAAUUGUGUGUGUUUAAAGUGGCAAAUGAGAGUAGAAAAGCGUGGAUUUGGUGGGAUUAUGUUACAGAUUUUCAAAUAAGGUGUCCCAUGAAAGAGAAGAAGUAUAAUAAAGAGUGUGCUGAUGAGGUCAUCAAAUCCCUAGGGCUUGAUUUGGGAAAGAUUGAGAAGUGUAUGGGAGACCCUAAUGCCGAUUCUGACAAUAUUGUCCUUAAAGAAGAACAAGAUGCUCAAAUUGGGAAGGGGUCAAGAGGUGAUGUAACCAUAUUGCCCACACUUGUGGUUAAUAAUAGACAAUACCGAGGAAAGUUAGAAAAAGGUGCUGUUUUGAAGGCCAUUUGCUCUGGUUUUGAAGAAACAACCGAGCCUGCUGUUUGUCUUAGUGAUGGUGUGGAAACAAACGAGUGCUUGGAGAAUAAUGGUGGUUGCUGGCAUGAUAAAUCCGCCAAUGUCACUGCAUGCAAGGAUACAUUUCGUGGGAGAGUUUGUGAGUGUCCUUUGGUUGAUGGAGUACAAUUCAAAGGAGAUGGGUAUACCUCAUGUGUAGCAAGUGGGCCAGGGCAUUGUAAGAUCAAUAAUGGAGGAUGUUGGCAUGAAAGCCGAAAUGGUGAUUCAUUCUCAGCUUGUCUGGAUAAUGAAAACGGGAAAUGUGCAUGUCCUUCAGGGUUUAAAGGCGAUGGUGUGAAAAGUUGUGAAGAUGUUGAUGAAUGUAAAGAGAAGAAAGCAUGUCAAUGUCCAGAAUGCAGUUGCAAGAAUACUUGGGGAAGCUAUGAGUGUAGUUGUAGUGGUGAUUUUCUUUAUUAUAAAGACCAUGAUACCUGCAUAAGUAAGACAGCUGGCAAAGGUAAAUCUUCAUGGGCUGCCAUGUGGAUUAUUUUCUUGAGCUUAGCAAUGGCUGCAGGUGGAGCAUAUCUCGUAUACAAGUAUAGAUGGAGGUCAUACAUGGAUUCAGAGAUUAGAGCUAUCAUGGCACAAUACAUGCCUCUUGACAACCAAAGUGGAGUGGUGAAUCAUGUAAACGAGAAUCAUGCGUGAAAAGACAUAAUUAUCCCUUGAAGACUUUACACACAUCUAUAUAUAGACUAGUGUAGAACUGUAGAAAACUUGGUCUGUGUCCAAUUCGAAUUAGAUUUAGACAUUUAGGGCUAUUUUCAAUGAUAAGGAUGACAAGGGCAUUCAUGUCUUUUGCACAUAUGACUAAGAUCAAAUGUGAGCCCUAGUUUUUUGUUCCUCGUUUAUCAAAAAACGUUAAAAUACCAAGUAACACAACAUGAGAAUUGAGAAGAACAAAUUGACAAUUUUCAUUUAUCAAGAAAUGCUCAACACUCUGUUUGCAACAAAUUAGCAAACAUUUUUUCAUACAAAAACUACGAGGAACUCAAGAAAAAGCUCAUGUCCAUAAACAUUUAAGACACC